GAAAAUGCUCAGCAUGGGUGUCCAGGCCGUGCUCGUCGUCGUCCUCCUCGGCGUUGCUACCACGAAGGCUGAGGAGCCUCAAGGCGAAGCAGAAUUCUGGAGGAGCAAAGUCAUACUGACCUGUCCAGAAGAUGGGGAGUGGUUUUACAAAAAUGAAAAAGUCAAUAAUAAAAGUUCUACCUAUGAAUUCCCAUAUACGAGUAAAGGCACAUACAGAUGUGUAUACGAAACUAAUCAGAAAUAUUAUUUCUAUGUUGAAGGAAAUGUGUGUGAGAACUGCUUUGAGCUCAAUGGAGACACAUUAUUUACGGUGAUUGUCGGGGACUUACUCCUGACAAUAAUUAUGAUGGUCAUAGUCUACAGGUGCACUAAGAAGAAAAGCUCAGCUGGACCUCCUCAACCUUCCAAAGCACCUCCUCGAUCGGGAGGCCGAGGUCCACCUGUCCCAUCUCCUGACUAUGAGGCACUGAACCCUCAAACUCGCGCCCAGGACACUUACUCCACGGUGGUCAACAGGAUGGGAUAGAAGCACUUCAACUAUCGACUCCGAGUCUCUGCACGAAUGAAGGAAAACAAUCACAAACAACACACAAGAGUAUCAGUCAUGAUCCGAGUAGCGUGCAGUGGCUUCUUCUGUUUUGAAUUUGAAGGGUCACCUUAGCCAAAAUCCAACACAACAAAUUUUCUCCGUUUCCCUUUGACUUACAAGCAGGUAGAG